CCCUUUUCCUGCUUGUGUCCCCAGUUCAGUUGCUGCGCACUUUAAUAAAGUGAAGGGGGCGCUAACGCUUUUCGGGAAGGAUGCCGUAUGAAUUGUUUGAUUAUUACGCAGCAACCAGAAGGCAGUGUUCGAUUCCGUACCGAAAGUUUUCAUUCCUUUGCCUUCCGCCUGGUUGAACUAGAACUGGCGAUCAACCACAUCCAGAGUGCACAAACCUCCCUUCGUCCACUCUCUCCCGUGCCUCCCGGGGGCUGCUGAGCAAUGCCCACCCCUUCUCCCUUGGUGUAAGAUAUCUUUACCUUUUUCCUUUUCCUAAUUUUUACUUCCUAUUUCAUUUCAUGGUCAUUAUUUUUCCUUUGGGUGUGGGUUUUCUUUUUUUGUUUUUGUUUUAUUCCAUUUUCCAUAAAAAAAUACUAUUUUCUUCUGCCUGUUUUAAUCUUUUUUAUUCUUUUACAACUGGUGCUUUUGGUUAUAGUAUGAGUAGUUGUAAGGACCUCUCUGUGACUUUCAAGAUGAUUACUGCAUCUCCAUGCGUUUUAGUUAGAAUAGAAAGACCAACUGCAACGGGAGACGCAUAAGUAAACACUAAGUAUGCUCAGGUGUGAGUAGCUAAUCAGGGUGAGGGAAGUGGGAAAAAAAAGCAAAAAAAAGGAAAAGAAAAAAAAGAAAAAAAAGAAAAAAAAGAAAAAAAAGAAAAAAAA